AUGCGAAAAUAACCCAAUGCUUGCUGAAGGUGAUCUGACCAACCUGAGAAUGCAAAUUUACAAGAAGUUGAGCUACAGAAAUAUGGCAUCAACUUUUCCUUCUGAGAAGACAAAAGUCAGAAACCUUAACCAACAGACUAAGGAUUGUGCCGCUGUGGCCUAUCUGAUAGGAACACACAUCGAAAGUUCAACAUGCAUUCACGACCAGUUUGUCCGUCUACAUGUGCUUAAAAAAUGGAUUUACUCACUAAUGGCAACAAAGUUGUAGCAAAAUGUUCAC